AGUCGUUUCAGUCGAUGCACUGACAGUCGUUUCAACGUAUUCCUUGGAUUUUUUUAUUUUCACAUUUUUAUUAAUGAUUUUAUGCGUUUUUUGGAGGGGCUAUUCGUGAAGGAAGGAGAUCAGGGACGUGUCAGUCGUGGCACUGGCAGCUAGUGCUACGUAUUUCUCACAUUUUUCAAUUAUUCUUUUCGAUCGUGAAGUAAGGAGUUCAGGAUAUAGGAUAUUCUUGAAUGAGUUAACCGAAGGGAAUUCAAGAUGACAGUACCAGAGUGCACGUUAGACAUUUCUAAUGUCUCACACUCGACGUCUGUUAUCAUGGAAGGUGGAGGAUGUGUGGGAAAACCCACUGCUGUCCUGAGGGAUGUAUCAGCGAGGGUUCAUGGAGGUGAAGUCCUGGCAGUCCUUGGAUCCAAGGGAUCUGGCAAGAGAGCCCUUCUAGACGUCAUUGCUGGAAGAGCAGUAGGUGAGAUCCGAGGACGAAUUACCCUCGCAGGAUCGACCCUGAACGCUGAUUUUUGUUUAUCGACGGUUGAUCGACGCUCUCGAGAUCGAUUUAUGGAGUCAAACCAGCAGAUAUCCGUUCUGGUGGACAAAUUCAAGCUUGAGGGAGGAUUAUACCUGCGCGAGGGCCCACAGGCAGCGGCAAGUGUCAAAGAAACACCUGUUGGCUAUUUACAUAAGCCAUGUGGGCUGGGCCAUGGAAUCCGUCCUGGAUGUUUCUCCACCCUCUUAGCUCUAUUCUUGAGAGGAAUGGCGGCGACUUUCUCCUUCAACAAAUGCGGCCUAGGACACUUUGCAGCAAGACUCCUCCUUUUACCCUUUUGCCUUGCAUUAUUGAGCGUUUUAUACUCACACUCAAGUCCGAUGCAGUCAAGAGUUUUUAUGCAAACUACUGGAUUAGUAUUCAACACUUUAACGUUAUUUUACAUGGCUGGAAUCGGCACAACUGCAUUAUUAUAUCCUGGAUUCCGUGCGCGUUAUUAUCAAGAAAAACGCGAGGGUCUGUACGGAGGGGCGAUGUUCCUCUCCUCCUACACUCUUUUAAGUCUUCCCCUGAGUUUCAUAUCAACACUGAUAACCGUGGGAAUAUUAACACCAAUCCUUGAAUUAGAUCUCGUCUCCUGGGCGUAUGCAUCAGGUGCCCUUUGGGCCAGUUACGUAGCAGCUGAGCAACUGACGAUUGCUUUCUUCAUGAUCAUUAAACGACCCCUGACAGGUGCCAUAACAGUCCUCUACAUAACGCUGAUUGCGUUGAUAAUUGGUUCCGGAGGGAUUAGAAGCUUGCGAAGUCUUCCUGAUUGGAUUGCAGCUGUAUCCACAGCCUUGCCUACGAGAUACGCCUCUCUGGCGGUCAAUCAGCUGACUAUUGACGUUCCAGCUUUAUCAGGACUGAGAUACAACGAGACUCUUCCUUGUCCUGGCCUUCCUGGCUGGUGCAGGUAUCCAGAUGGAAAGACUUUUCUGGUCAAGAGGUUCACGAGAGAAGGUGAAAACACUCACCAAGUCCUAAAUGUUGAUCUCAAUUUAUUGAUUUCUCUGGCUUUUGCUCUUGGUUUUGUUAUUUUUAAUAGUAUUCUUUAUUUAUUACCCUUGCCUGCAAGAGUCAAAGCUAAAUUUAGGGAAUAGAUUGACGGGAUGUGG